UAGCCUUCAUACUGGCUACGUCCUUUUUUCCCUGUCCCUCAAGUGAUAUAAAGCCACCAAGGUGCUCCUCACAUAUCUUCAAUUUCCACUCCAACUCAAGCUAUCUCAGAGCCCCUGUCAUCGACCGUGCUGCCAUUGCUUUUUCCGGCGCCCAUUCACAUCGCGACAAAUUUGAGUACCAACAUCCAUCCUCCUGCACAAUGUCAUUCAAUCGAAUCGCUGUCUAUGGUCAUCGUGGCUGGGGCAGUUCCAACAUUGUCGACGCGUUGAUUGCUUCGGGGGCGCCAGUCAAGAUCCUGUAUCGCCACGGCUCGGACAUCUCGAGCCUUCCUGACCACGUCGCCAAGGUUGAGGUAGACGUCGAUGAUGAGGCUGCACUUAUCGAGGCUCUGCAAGAUACUGACAUUGUGGUAUCUCUUGUUGGACAUGAAGGUGUCCGUAGGCAACACGGAUUCGUCAAGGCCAUUCCGAAGACAAACGUCAAGCUGUUCUCGCCUUCAGACCUUGCAGCACGUUACGACGAGCAAGGCCUGAGAAUCGGUGUCAACAAAGAGAAAGACGAGGUCGAGAAGGCUGCCAGAGCCGCCGGAAUCCCGACGACUGUCGUGCUCGUGGGCAACUUUGCCGAAUUCGCCCUCAACACGCCGGGCAUGGGUGUGGAUUUGGCCGGGAACAUGAUCACACACUCCGGCAACAGCGCAAAUGAGAAGCUGAACCUCUGCACGAGAAAGUACGUGGCUGCAGCCUACUCCUCCAUUUUCGCGGCCACGCCUAUCUCCCAGCUCGAAAACCGUGCCAUCACCCUCUGCGAGCUGGCACCCACAGGAAAGGAGAUCGAAGCUGCACUGGAAGCGAGGCACGGCGUUGCGCCGCAGGUCUCUACCCACAGCCUCGACAAAGUCAACGGCGAGGUAGAGGGCGGCCUUCAGUCCGGCAGCCCCUUUGCCUUGGCUUGGUACUGCCGCAAGAUCUGGGCCACAGGUCAGCAGUGCCAGAUGGUGGGAACCGACUUUUGGGAGGUCGAUGGUUACGACAAGGCAACCCUUGAGGAUCUAGUUGUCAGGGGAAAUCUGGAGGCCUAUCGGGAGAUGCCGCCACAGGUCGCUGCGUAUUUCAGGCAGUGCUUCUAAGAUGAAUACAAAUGAAUAAGAAUGGCAUUCGGC